AUUUUGAAGCUGUGCCUUAUGAAAGCGUGACAUUUGACAGUCAUGAGGAUUAUACUGUAUUGAAAGGCGUUUUAAAGCUUUUAUACAGUAUUAAUAAUGUUCUUAUCUAUUAGGUAGAACUGUCAGACUCCCUUUAUCCCUUUUUGUCGCUCCAUGAUGGUUCAUUUAUGACCCGGACUGAUGUGACGGAUAAAACUUGGAGGAUAAGACAUUAAAGAUGCCUGUUGGAGCCUCACAGACACUAAGCAGGAUGAUUUGGGGAAGAUAUUUAUUAACUGCUGGACUUCAGUGCUGCAGAUGUAAGGGCAGCAGGUAUAUAAGAAGACAUUACAGCUUUCUACCAGAUGAUGUCAAAUCAUUACGAGCUGUCGUCAACCCUGACAUUUCAAAGAUCCGAAAUAUCGGCAUCAUGGCGCACAUCGACGCAGGAAAGACGACAACCACAGAGAGGAUGCUCUAUUACUCUGGCUAUACAAGAGCACUGGGAGAUGUGGACGAUGGAGACACAGUCACAGAUUUCAUGGCUCAAGAGAGAGAGCGAGGCAUCACCAUACAGUCAGCUGCUGUCACAUUUGAUUGGAGAAGCCACAGAAUAAACCUCAUAGACACCCCGGGACAUGUCGACUUCACUCUGGAGGUGGAGCGGGCACUAAGAGUUCUUGACGGCGCUGUUGCCGUGUUUGAUGCUUCUGCUGGAGUUGAGGCUCAGACUCUGACCGUGUGGAGACAAGCAGAGAAGCACCACAUCCCCUGCCUUUGUUUCCUGAAUAAGAUGGACAAACCCACAGCAAACCUCAGUUUUUCCAUUGAGAGCAUAAAACAGAAGCUGAAAGCCAAUCCGGUGCUCCUGCAGAUUCCCAUUGGCAGCGGAAAGACUUUCUCGGGUGUGGUCGACUUGUUAACAAACAAGAAGCUCAUAUGGAAACAGAAAUACAUGGAAGAUGACGGACGAUUAUUUGAAAGUAAACCUCUAGACCAAUCAGAUGAUCCCGAGCUGCUUCAGGAGGUCAAUGAGGCCAGGAUGGCUCUGAUAGAGCAGGUUGCUGAUCUGGACGAUGAGUUUGCAGAGCUGCUCCUGACUGAUUUUAGCGACAAUUUUGAUGCUGUUUCCUCAAUCAAACUCCAGGACGCCGUGAGGCGGGUGACCCUGUCCCGUAAAGGCGUCCCUGUCCUCUGUGGAAGCUCCUUGAGAAACAAAGGCGUUCAGCCCCUUUUAGACGCCAUCACCACGUACCUGCCGGCGCCCAACGAACGACACCAUGACCUGGUGCGGUGGUAUAAAGACGACUUGUGCGCUCUGGCCUUCAAAGUCGUCCAUGACAAGCAGCGAGGUCCUCUGGUGUUUCUGAGGAUUUACUCUGGCACCCUGAAACCUCAGUCCGCAGUCCACAACAUCAACAGGAACAACAUUGAGCGUAUGAGCCGGCUGCUGGUGCCGUUUGCUGAUCAGCACGUAGAAAUCCCCUCAAUGACGGCAGGAAACAUCGCUCUGACUGUAGGACUGAAGCAGACAGUCACAGGGGACACCAUCGUUUCCUCAAAGGCGUCAGCAGCUGCAGCAGCCCGUCGAGCUGAGAAUGAUAGUGAAGUAAAGAAAGGAAAGAAACAAAAAGAAAAUGCUGGUGUGAUCCUUUCAGGAGUGGAGGUUCCUGAUCCGGUCUUCUUCUGCACCAUAGAGCCUCCAACCAUGGCUAAACAGGCUGAUCUCGAGCACGCUCUAAACUGCCUCCAGAGAGAAGACCCCAGCCUCAAAGUCCGGGUUGACCCUGAUUCUGGCCAGACUAUUUUAUGUGGGAUGGGAGAGCUUCACAUCGAGAUCCUCCAUGAUCGGAUCAGACGAGAGUAUGGCAUCGAGACUCACCUCGGACCACUUCAGGUGGCCUACAGGGAGACUAUUCUCCAGGAGGUCUCCACCACAGACAUGCUGGACCGGACUGUUGGUGAGAAACGGCACGUCGUGAAUGUGGAGCUGACGGUCAAACCUGUGGACAUCUCUUCUAUGAGUGGAUCAUGUGAAAUCGCUUUCACAGAGAAACUGAAGACACAGCUGUCACCAGAAAUGAAAGAAGCAGUGGAGAAUGGAGUCAACAGCUCAUAUCUACAAGGUCCUCUGUUAGGCUAUCCUUUACUGGGUGUGUCCACGCUGAUCCGGAGUGUCAACAUGGAACCAGGAACGUCUCCCGCCAUAGUGUCUGCAUGUCUGUCUCGCUGCAUGCAAAAGGCCCUGAAGCUGUCAGGAGGUCAGGUCCUGGAACCGGUGAUGUCCUUAGAGGUGACUGUUGGGGAGGGGCAUCUGAGCUCCGUGCUAGGAGACUUAUCCCAAAGACGAGGCACGGUCCGGGACAUCCAGAGUCGGCAUGAUGACAAGGUGCUACUGGCGACUGUCCCGCUGGCGGAGAUGAUGGGCUAUUCCACCAUUUUACGGACACUAACAUCCGGGAAUGCCACCUUCUCCCUGGAGCUGGACACAUAUGAGGCCAUGAACCCCCAGGACCAGAGCGUCCUUGUUAAACGGAUGGCUGGUCUGCUCUGACUUCCUGUUCAACUCUGAGCAGCAAAGGAAAUUAUGGACUUCUGAGAGAGAAGCAUAGCGAAUGGCCAAACAGAUUUUUCCAGGAUGUACUUAAAAUAUCAAGAACUGAGAAGUAGCUGGAACAAACGGCUAUUUACAGCCGAAAUCUGCUGCAGAAAAUAGAGGAAAAGCUGAAUAUUUAAUAAUGCUGUAGCUGGAACUAGCUGAAAUAAAUGUGCAG